UUUUGCAUUUAAAAGGUGACAGAUUUAUUGAACAUGUUCUCCUGUUUUGGCUUCUUCUUUUUUUUUUUUUUUUGCUGCUCAGAGAAAUGAAAUCUAAACAGUAAAAACUUGAGCUCCAUGAGCCAAGUGAAGGGUUAAUCUAGACGUAGGCGUGAACAAGAGCUGGAGUUAAAACCCCGGAACCUGAAUAAACAAAUCUUUCUAUAUUGAAAUGAGUAGCGUGUGUUUUAAUUAUACAGGUUACGGGGCAUUGAGUCAGCUUACACUGUUUAAUACUCGUGCAUGCAGGUUUAAACUACAGUAUUAUGAGCUUCUCAUGGGAGUGGAAGCUUCUCAAAUUCCUGGACUGAUCAUGUUUUAAAGGCAGCUAGCUGAGUGCAAAGUUUUCGCACAAGGGCUUGUUUUCUUUGUAAUUAUCUAUAUAUUUUCCAUAGAGGAGCAUGAAUGCCAUGGAAGGGGCUGAAGGUGGAGAACACGUGCUGGAUUUGUCCCAUUUGAACUUGAACAGUGUGAAUUUUGAGAGUCUGAGUGAGAAACGGAGGACUGAAACCACACAACUUCACCUCUGCUACAACAGACUGCCAGCGCUUCCGGUUGCCAUCAGCCGCUUCUCGAGCCUCGAGUUCCUGGACGUGAGUAACAACGGGCUGUCGGUCCUGAGCGACGCCGUGACCGCCCUGACACGACUCAGGACCCUGGUCGCUAAAAACAACCGCCUGGAUGAGUCCUCCAUGCCCAAAGACCUCAGCUCCUUACACAGACUCGAGGUGGUCAAUUUCAGCGGGAACCGCUUCGAGGAGAUUCCCAAACAACUGCUCCAGUUACAGCGGCUACAGUCACUGUCCUUCGGAGGAAACCGCCUCAGACACAUCCCUCAUGAGAUAGACAACCUCACCAGUUUGGAGCUUCUAUAUUUGGGUGGAAACAUGAUCUCAUCUAUCCCAGUGGAACUGGCGAACCUGCCUGUGCUUAGCUAUCUAGCUCUGUGUGACAACCGCAUCCAGAGCAUCCCACCCCAGUUUACCAGGCUCCACUCCCUGCGCUCGCUCAGCCUCCACAAUAACCUCCUGACCUAUUUGCCACGUGAAAUCCUCAGCCUAGUGCAGCUCCAGGAGCUCAGUCUCCGUGGCAAUCCACUAGUGGUGCGCUUCAUUAAGGACAUGACCUAUGACCCUCCGUCGCUGCUGGAGCUGGCGGGUCGCACCGUUAAAACCCGUAACCUCCGCUACUCGGAGAAGGACCUCCCCGGGGACCUUGUCAAAUACCUGGACCUGGCCAGCAAGUGCCCUAACCCCAAGUGUGGAGGUGUGUACUUUGACUCAUGCGUGCGCCACAUCAAGUUUGUGGAUUUUUGCGGGAAGUACCGGCUGCCGCUCAUGCACUACCUGUGCUCCCCAGAAUGCACCUCUCCCUGCAGCUCCAACCCUCAGAGUGACGCCGACUCGGACGACGACCAGACCGUCCCAGCCGAUCGGCUGCAGAGAGUUCUGCUAGGAUAAUGCGCAUGCGUGCACACACACACACACACACACACACACACACAGUCUCUUACUGGUGCUGCUUCUUCAAACGCACUAAAUUUUGUAGCUCACCUGAUUGGGUCAGUCAUCUAAAGCCAAAAAAUGUGUUUAAUUGAGCUCAAGUACACUGAUUCUGCCUUUCAGUACUGCUCACAACAAACCCUCUGUAAGAGCCAUUACACACUUGUUUUUGACACAAUUAAUGAUUGAGAAAUGAGGCUUCAUCAUACUCCUCAGUUAUGAUGCUCCAGUUCUUCUCAUGAUGAUUGAAAGAUGUUCGAAUGUUCCGCAAUCGCAAGCUUUUCAGAUUACACUCCAGCGUGCACACACACUCCGAAUUCAAGUCAGGCGAGGGUUGUGUUCAAAGCCGUACUGAAACCCAGUAGCUGUUCAACACGCACCCGGUAUCUCCAUGUGCCUUAAUUAGAGGGCCGUCACUUCCUGUUUACUUUCGUCACCUGUUCUGACUGAGAUGUAACAGACUAGGCUUUUUUUUUUUUUUUUUUUUUAUUGCCUGCGGAUUUUAUUUUUACACCCCUGGGGUCCAUGUGGUGCUAAAAUGAUGACACUGGCAUUAAAGUAUCAUUAGGGAUGCACAUUUUCUAGUACCCCGUAAUAUCCAUACUGAUAUUGAUGAUAAAAUGGAAUGGAGUUUUAUUAGUCUCUUUUGCAGAGUCUGUCAAAACUUUGAAAACAGUCUCUUUUUUCUUCUUCUUUCUUCAGAGACCCAUUCAUGUUUCUUUUGUUUCUAUGAAACAAACUCGGUUAUUUAACAGUAUGAAGAUUUACUGUGAUCAAAUAAAUAUAUAAACGUACAGACGUGAAAUAUUUUCAUUGAAGAAUUCUCUCUUAGCAUGAAGAACCGCUUUACACACUCGUGGCAUCCGGACAGUAAGUUUCUCCGAACAUUCAACUGAAAUACAUUCAACUCUUGUAAAAAUUGUUAAAUAACACUUGUGGAGCUUGGAUGUACGCUUUGGGGCAUUUUUGAAAUCGUUUCCAAUAAGCCUCAGUCCAGACUGAAUUGUGUGGGGUGUAUGGAAUAGGAGCCAUGUUGUGUUUUAUUAUUUUUUUUUUUCUUUCAGUUUUCCAUUCACCCAGAAUAAGUCUCCAACUUUCCCUGCUCUAAAACAACCUCAAAACAUUAAGCUUCAUGUUUGACUGUGGGGGUGAGGCAAUCUGCUAAUAUCUUCUCUCCUGUUCUUCAUCUUACAUACGUUCUUAUGUAAGGAAUAUGAAUGCAGUAAACAGUGUGUUUCCAAAGUUUUGACCCUCACUGCAUGCUUUCUGGUUUAGAAAAGUGUGUGUGUGUGUGUGUGUGUGUGUGUGCGCACUUGCACUACUGGGCUUGUUUUUGUCACUUUUAAUAAUGUUAUGAAGUGUUGAAAUUGUCUUUGUUUUAAAAAAAAAUCUAUUCAAGAAGAACAUAACUGGCAAAGAGGUUUUUUUUUGUUUGUUUUUUUUUUCCCUUCUCAAACUAGACUGCUGCAGUAUUGGAAACUCUUCAUCCUACAUGGAGGAACUCUUACACACUGAGAUAGAUUACAGAUCAUGGCCUUUUCUUGUCCUCGUUUCAAAAGCAUAUUUAUAUAUACAUUUUACAAAUGCAUGUAAACCUGCAUGCUCUCUGACACAAACUAGAAUCUGUGCAUCCCUAAUUUUUUUUAUUUUUUUUUAGUUGAUUAGAACCAGCGCCUUUGUAUAUGUGUAAAGAAAAAAAAGAGGUUUCCUCUUGCAGGUUUUUGCUGCUCUGUGAGAGACUUUGUAGUCAGUGAUGUUUGUAUAACGUACCUUUUUAGAUUUUUUUGAAUCUAACAAUUAGACUGUGAAUUAUACAAAAGAUGUUGUUGUUGAUGAGUGAGUGAGUGUAUGUGUGAUAGUAAGAAACCUCUUUGGCCUUGUAAUGACUUCUCGUAUGCCUUUAACAGCUGGUCACAGAAAUCUUUCACUUUGUGCCUUCGCUGUCUCCUAAGAUAGCUGUUACACCCCUUUCACAGGCUAAUCCUAAUAACCGAGGAGAGACCGAGUAGAACAUGGGGGUUAAAAGAAAACAACCCUUAAUGGGGUCAUCAUUGUCGGAUUGUCGGUCAGUAAUACAAGGGUUGAACUAAGAUUCUCAUUAUAGUGUUCUAAUUCAAUGCGAGACUUCUGUAACGGUGUAUAACAAACUUGUAAUUUCACAUUUGGUAUAUUUAGACGAGGUUUUUAAUUUUUUACAUUUUAAAACAAUUCAAAACAGGACAUUUGAUGAAUUUUAAAAAAUAAUAAUAAUUUAUAUAAAAAUGUAUUUAAUGGUACUUAUUGUCCAUAGGCACAUCUUUACUAUUCAAAAACAUUAGACAUUAUUUUAAAAAGUCAGGGGGAAAAAAUAUGUAGCACCUUAAUAUUUCAUCUCUUUGUGUGUGUGUUUUUUUUUUUUAUUAAUUUUAUAGGUGAUCUUAACAACCCAUUCAAUAGUGAUUUGCAUCUGGAAGAACAGUUUUUUACUCACCAAGUGUUGCUUUUGCUUUAUGUAACCUAUUUUAUCACUUGUUCUGCAUCUAUUUGAUUUUAAUAGAGUAUAUUUUAUUUAAAAUGAUGAAGGCAAAAUUCAUCACUACACUUUCCUUCUAAUUGAUAGGUGACAAAGUGCAUCUUGACUAAUAUAAAAAUAUAAAAAAAUAUAUAAAUAAAAAUAUAAAAGCAUA